AGGAUUUAUAAGGGGAUGUGUUUUCCCACAGUACCAUUCAGUGUCCCCCAAACUCUCCCGGAGGUGUUGUCUUCAUUUACGGGUCUAACACAGUCAAGAUGCGCAGCGUAAGUGUUGUUGUGGCGGUGCUGGCUGUGUCCUGGCUGUGUGCUGUUCAAGCUACUCUCCUGCUGGGCGCGUUUGCCCUGGGUGCCCUGGCCACCCUAAAGGGGGCUGCCCUGGUCAGCUUCGCUUCCGGCCGUCGCCGCCGUUCAAGAUAUGGCCGCCACGGACACUCCUACGGUCACCGGAAACAUUAUCGUCAUGGUCGGGCCAUCCAGAGCGCCGCUGACGAGGGAGAGAACUUGCUGCUGUCCACUGUUGGCCAGCUGGACCCCAAUGGUUGUGUUCUGAAGCUGCUGUGUGUACUGGAGGCGAAGGAGGAGGCGUACCGCACCCUGGAGGAGGCCAUCCUGGUAGACAUGUUCGCCAACAGCACCGAGACUCUCACCUCCUACAACGCCGCCUUCGUGUACGCCACAGACGUGGGUGGCAAGACCCAGGACGCCGCCGCCUGCCACCACCACUUCCCCAAGUGCCCGCUCACUGACGACCAGCUGAGCGGCCUCCUCCAGCAGGCCUGGGGCUGUGGCCUUGACUUAUACGACGACCAGCAGGAACCACAAACUGCUGACCAGGACAACACACCUCCUCCUGACCAGGAAAACACACCUCCUGGUGGCCAGGACAACACACCUCCUGGUGGCCAGGACAACACACCUCCUGCUGACCAGGACAACACACCUCCUGCUGACCAGGACAACACACCUCCUGGUGGCCAGGACAACACACCUCCUGGUGACCAGGACAACACACCUCCUGGUGGCCAGGACAACACACCUCCUGGUGGCCAGGACAACACACCUCCUGCUGACCAGCUCCAGUAGACAACACCUGCUCAACCACUAAUCACUGCACCUGUAUGAGGUAACGUUUGAUGAUGAAAUAAAUUCUUUGAUUCUUAAA